UUCUUUCUACCCAAACACCAAAGGGAAAAUAAACAAAUUAAAGAAAGGCAAUGCAUUACAGUCCAGCUCUAUCUUUCUCUCAACCUACCUCACUUCCUACAACUAAUUACGCUUUUCAUUCCCAUGUCGAUCUACGCUUCUGCGGACUCAGAAGGCAACCUUCCGGUUUUUCAUUUUCAACUCACUCCGCUUCUACACGAGUUUCACUCUCCACUCCUGCUCGUGGACAUUCCAACAAGAUCUCUGCUUCAUCCGGCAACAAUGGAACUCCUAAGUCCUUCGAUUAUGACUUGAUUAUCAUCGGCGCCGGCGUCGGUGGCCAUGGAGCUGCAUUGCAUGCUGUCGAGAAGGGUUUGAAAACUGCUAUCAUUGAAGGCGAUGUUGUGGGAGGAACCUGUGUUAACCGAGGUUGUGUUCCUUCAAAAGCUCUCCUGGCUGUUAGUGGUAGAAUGCGUGAACUUCAAAAUGAGCAUCACAUGAAAGCUUUGGGUUUGCAGGUUUCUGCUGCUGGAUAUGACAGACAGGCAGUUGCUGACCAUGCAAAUAAUCUUGCUUCAAAAAUUCGAAGCAAUUUAACUAACUCAAUGAAGGCACUUGGAGUAGAUAUAUUAACUGGUUUUGGUACUAUUGUGGGUCCCCAAAAGGUGAAAUAUGGGAAGGUUGGUUUUACUGACACCACUGUAACUGCAAAAGAUAUCAUCAUUGCUACUGGUUCCGUCCCUUUUGUUCCCAAGGGCAUUGAAGUUGAUGGGAAGACUGUUAUUACUAGUGACCAUGCCCUGAAAUUGGAGUUUGUUCCUGACUGGGUUGCAAUUGUUGGAAGUGGUUAUAUUGGUCUUGAAUUUAGUGAUGUAUACACUGCACUUGGCAGUGAGGUUACUUUUAUUGAAGCUCUAGAUCAACUUAUGCCUGGGUUUGAUCCUGAGAUUGGUAAGUUGGCCCAAAGGGUGCUGAUCAACCCAAGGAAAAUUGAUUAUCAUACUGGAGUGUUUGCAACCAAGAUCACUCCUGCAAGGGAUGGAAAACCUGUCAUUAUUGAGCUUACCGAUGCCAAGACUAAGGAACACAAAGACACCCUGGAGGUAGAUGCAGCCUUAAUUGCUACUGGAAGGGCUCCAUUCACUAAUGGUCUUGGCUUGGAGAAUAUUAAUGUAGCGACACAAAGGGGUUUUGUUCCUGUUGAUGGGAGAAUGCGUGUAAUUGAUGCAAAUGGAAAUCUGGUUCCUCACCUUUACUGCAUCGGUGAUGCAAAUGGUAAAAUGAUGCUUGCUCACGCAGCAAGUGCACAAGGAAUUUCCGUUGUCGAGCAAGUCACUGGAAGAGAUCAUGUGCUUAAUCACCCCAGCGUCCCAGCAGCUUGCUUCACUCACCCUGAAAUAAGUAUGGUUGGUUUGACAGAGCCUCAAGCAAGAGAGAAAGCUGAGAAGGAAGGGUUCGAAGUAAGCAUUGCGAAAACAAGUUUCAAGGCUAACACAAAGGCACUGGCAGAAAAUGAAGGCGAGGGACUUGCUAAGUUGAUUUACAACCCGGACAAUGGAGAGAUUCUUGGAGUUCAUAUAUUCGGCUUGCACGCAGCGGACCUCAUCCACGAGGCAUCAAAUGCCAUGGCUUUAGGAACACGAAUCCAGGACAUCAAAUUUGCAGUUCAUGCGCAUCCAACAUUGUCGGAAGUUCUUGAUGAACUGUUCAAAUCGGCAAAGGUUAAAGCCCCUGCAUCUACUAGCAGCCCAGUAAGCGAGCCGGUUUCCGCAUAAAUGCUUCUCAAAGCACCCGAAACAAAAACCGCAUAAUUCUUUUAAGAGCUUGGGUUGGAUUAGGGACUAUCGAGGAACCUUGUCUCUCCCGGUGACAGACAUCGAAACGGCGUCUAAACUGCGAGAGGGAACAUCUAGGAGGAAUUUACUCGUGUUGAUGGUAGUUGUGCCUGAAGUUUUUAACAGCUUUGUGUCAUUGUUAAUACAUAUUAUUGUGCUCAUAGUUUAUUUCUUGCAAGCUCGUA